UUCGUCCAUACCGGCCGAAAUAUCGGCGAUAUUACCGGUAUCGGACACUGAGCGAUACGGAAAUCCCGAUAUCGCAAAACGAUUUUUGUGCCGAUAAUACCGUCCGAUACGGUAAAUACAGUACACCGAUAAUAUCGUAUUAUCGGCGAUAUUUGUCAUUUGCUGUAAUUUCUGAGGGCAUUUUCGGGAUUAUAAGAGAAGGGAAGAGAUUUAAUCCCUAAAUCCCAUCGAUACGCAAAGGGUAGAGAGUUGAUUUUACAAAUUUCGUUGCAGGUUCUUCUUCUCUAUUUUAAUGGCGAGAUUCAGUUGAUUCUAUCUUAACAAGAGGUCCAAGGGAAGAUACAUCUUAUAUGCAUAUCCAGCAAAGGCAAAGUCGCUGAAGAAACAUCAAAACAGUUCAUCUAGCAACUGGGUUGUGAUUAUGGAUUCUUCUAAUGCAUCAAAUUCAAAUACGGCAAACACUACCUGUGAUUUAUUGCCCUCUUCUUCGGCUACUCAAACUAAAGAUCCAGCAUGGGAAUGGGGUGAACGCCAAGACCUAGCAAAUCAAAAUAUAAUUACUUGUUUGUUAUGUAAGAAAUUAAUUCGUGGUGGUGGAAUUACUAGGCUUAAGGAGCAUCUUUUACAUAUUAAAGGGAAUGUUUCUUCAUGUCCAAAUGUGUCCAUUGAUAUUAUGAACAAAGUUGGUCUGGUGAAUUCUGUAAAGAGGACCAAAAAAGCUCAUAAGGAUAACAUUGAUUUAGCGUAUCGGCGUGCAAACAACUCAGAUGAAGCCUCUGAUGCUGAUACCGAUGUUGAAGAACAAGAAGUUGAAAUUGAUGGCAAUAUGGGCAGUCGUGGUGCUGGUGCUGGUGCUAGUGCUGGUGUGGGUGCUAGUCAACUAGUUUCUCAGAAUCAGACAAAGAGAAAGAGGAUAAGCCAAAGUAAUAGUAGAGGUCCAAUUGAUUUAUAUAUGAAGACAGACCACAAAAAAACUCAACAGGCCACUCUUGAAAGAGACUCAGCUGUGAAAGAGAAGUUAAUGAAGACUGCAUGGAAAUGCAUUUCAGCUUGGAUGACUGAGAAUUCAGUAUCAUUUAACACUGUUCGUUGCCCAAGUUUCAAAGAAAUGAUAUAUGCAAUAGGCGACUAUGGGAAAGCUAUGCCCCCACCAUCUUACCAUCAGAUUCGUACGAAUCUUUUCAAGGACCGGUUAGUAGAAAUGAAGAAAUUUGUUGAUACAUUUAGGGAACAUUGGAAGAGGUUUGGAUGUUCUAUCAUGUCUGAUGGCUGGACAGAUGGGAAAAAGCGACAUCUUAUUAACUUUUUGGUGAAUUGUCCGAAAGGGACAGUUUUUUUGAAGUCUGUGGAUGCGUCAAACAGAACCAAUGAUGCUGAUUUUAUACGUGGGCUUGUAAAGGAGGUAAUUAACGAUGUUGGGGAAGAAAUAUAG